GAGCCCAUCAGUGGAGUGAGUAAGUCUUGACCAAAGAAGACUCGGCCAGGCCUUGCCUCACCUACCGUAUGCCCUUAUCUCCUUGCUUCCGUGGUUUCCCCUUUUCGGAGAUCUCAGAUCUGGGCUUGGCUGUCAAUCGCUCGACGACCUCUGCUAAAUGAGGUCUCGCCGGCCGGCCGUAUGAGGCAAUCAUGGAGGUAGUCACGGUGCCAUGAGCCCAUGAUCACCAUCCUCGCCAUGGCCAAGCUGGGGAGUUUUAACCUGCCCAAGAGUGUGAGGGUUCAGUCGUCUUUCCUCACUCUCAAUCCGUAGGUCUAUGUCUAUCCUCGCCGUCUCGUCAUUACGACCCCUUUCGCUUUGCUGGACGAGUCCCGUGCGCGUGCAGCUUGCAACUUAUUAGCAGGUGUUGCAACAGGAAGGUUCAAUUUGAAACAACCGAGCUGGCGAGCGAGCAUGGAAAUCGCGACGGGAGCCAUAAGCACACUCCUGCCCAAGCUGGGCGACCUCCUCAAAGAGGAGUACAAGCUCCAGAAGAGCGUCAGGGGUGAGAUCAUGUUUCUCGAAGCCGAGCUAGAGGCCAUGCAGACUGUUCUUCUUAAGAUCUCGUCGGCGCCCAUGGACGAGCAGCCUGACGCGCAAGUCAACCUUUGGGUGAGGGAGGUCCGGGAGCUUUCCUACGACCUCGAAGACAACAUCGACAGAUUCCUUGUGCGCAUCGACCAUGCGCCAGAGCAGCUCCAUGGCCUCAGGGGCUUCAUCGACAGAAGCCUUAAGCUUCUGACCAAGGUCAAUCUCCGCCGACAGAUCGGAACCGAUAUCAGAGACAUUAAAACGCGCAUCAGGGAGGUGAGUGAGCGUCAUGACAGAUACAAGAUUGAUAUCGUCACCGCAAAGGCUACUCGCCCAAGUGUUGACAGCCUUCGCCUAUCAGCGCUGCACAAAAGGGCCUCAGAGCUCAUUGGCACCGAAGAGAAGGUUAUGGACGUAGUAAAAAUGCUAAGGGAAGAAGAUGACCUCUCAAAUCAGCAACUGAAAAUAGUUUCCAUUGUUGGUUUGGGUGGAUUAGGCAAAACAACUCUUGCGAACGAGGUGUAUAAGAAGCUGAAAGCUCAGUUCGAGUGUGAAGCAUUUGUUUCUGUAUCUCUUGACCCGAGAAUGGAUCAGGUUUUCAAGAGCAUGCUCCGUCAACUUGAUAAGGACAAGUACAACAACAUCAAGGGAGAAAUGUGGGAUGAAACUCAACUAAUCAACGAGUUGAGAUACCUCCUUAAAAAUAAAAGGUACUUUAUUGUUGUUGAUGACAUAUGGAACAAAUCUGUGUGGGCUAAUAUUUUGCGUGCUUUGAACAAAUGUGGACGUGGGAGCAGAAUAAUCAUAACCACUCGCAUUCUUGAUGUCGCCCAACAAGCAGACAGUGUUUAUAAACUACAGGCUCUCUCAGCUGGUGACUCAAGAAAGUUAUUCUUCCUCAGAAUAUUUGGUAAUGAAAACAGAUGUCUUCCAAAGGAAUUGGAUAAAGAAUCUAAGAACAUUUUAAGGAAAUGUGGAGGUGUUCCUUUAGCUAUAAUCACGAUCAGUAGUAUGUUGGCCAGUAAGCAGGAAACAGAGAAUACAAGUGAAUAUUGGGCCAAGGUGUGCGAAUCUAUGGGUUCUGGACUAGAAAAUACAAGCUCAGAUGUAAUUGACAUGAGAAGAAUACUUUCGGUUAGUUAUCAUGACCUACCGCUACACCUUAGGACAUGCUUGCUGUAUCUAAGUUUGUAUCCAGAGGAUUAUAAGAUCAUGACACAUGAUUUGGUAUGGAAAUGGAUAGGUAAAGGUUUUGUUGUAAUAAAACAAGGGAUGAACAUGUUUGAAGCAGGUGAGGAUUAUGUACAUGAGUUAAUUAACAGAAGUUUGAUUCUGCCAACAUUUGACAAUAAAAGUAAGAAGGCAAGUAGUUUUCAAAUACAUGAUAUGGUACUUGAUCUCAUAACAUUUUUGUCAAAUGAGCAGCAUUUCCUAACAAAAUUAGGAGCUCAGGAGCCUGAGCAUCUACCAAAUAAGAUCCGCCGACUAUCUCUCCACACCAGCAGCCAAGAUGAUGGCAAAAGGUUGCGAAAUAAGAACUGUUCUCAUGUUAGGUCACUUAGUGUGUUUCGUGGAGCUUUCAAUAUACUUCAAGAGAUUUCAAGAUUUCCAGUCUUGCGUGAGUUGGACUUAAUUGAGGCACAAGUGAGUAAUCAUCACUUUAAGGAUAUUUGCAACCUAUUUCACCUUAGGUAUUUGAGGCUACCAUGUGAAGGUAUUAAUGAGAUCCCAAAAGAGAUCGGGAAUCUAAAGUUCUUGCAGGUGCUAGACAUUCAUAAGACUAAUAUAAUGGAGUUGCCGUCAACCUUUGCUCAGUUGCGGCAACUUGUCUACCUACGGUUUGGUGUGGUGAUACCUGAAACAGAUACGUUUGGAUAUAUCAGUUUGAAGUCACCAAUCAUGCUGGAUAUACUGAGUGGACUGACUGAGUUGAGGCGUGUAAGUUUGGCUUUUACCCAGUGGGAUGAAAGGUAUGAGAAGCCCCUCCUUACUUGGUUGUCCAACAUGGUUUCUCUAAAGUACCUACAUAUUGAUGGAACAGUCAGUAGUAUUGACAUAGGUUCCCGAUAUGACGAGCUAUCACCACCAGGGCCUCAACAGCUUCAGACAAUAGACAUACCUUGUGCCAUAUGCUCCAUUCCAAGAUGGAUGUCCUCACUUUGUUCCCUCUCCGUCAUGCGUAUCUCCCUGCUAACACAGAGAUUGGAGGACCUUCAGAUCCUUGGGAACAUACCACGACUUUCUCAUCUUUCGAUAACAGUGAAGGAAACUACAGAAAGCAGACAAAAAGCGUUAUUAGUCAUCAGCAAUGUUUAUCCAUUCUUGUGCCUAACCAAGUUUGAAAUCUACAAUAACUACAUGGUUGUGAUGUUUGCGGAAGGAGCCAUGCAACAGCUUCAAACCCUCAAGUUUUCUGUGCGGGAAUCAAUGGAUCAGUUUGGCAACUCCGGCUUUGGCCUAGAGAAUCUCUCUUCACUUGAGAAUGUCGUUGUAGACAUGGUUUUGUCACGUGCAAAGCCUGAGGAGGUGGAGGCUGCAAAGGCUGCAAUUCAGAAUGCAGUCGACAGAAAUCCGAACAAGCCCGAACUGAAGUUCGAAAAGCGGGUUAUAAUGAGGAUCAAGAGUGAACAAAAGACUAAAGCCUUUGGGGCCGUCGCGGGUAUUUGUGGUAUUGAUUCAAUAAGCUUUGAGAGUCACCUGGGGAUGCUCACGGUCGCCGGCAUGGUGGAACCCACCACCAUAAUUAAGAAGCUGAAAAAAUCUUCCAUACAGGCGCAACCAUGGGAAGUAAGGGCAGCGGCACCGAUGGUCUCCAUGGUUCAUAGUAGUGUGGAGGAGGCGGCGGCGCCUAGCCAAAAUAGCGCCUGGGGUCGAAUCUGUUGCCUGCCUGCAGCUGCGUGUGCAAGAUUUUCAUCCAAACAUGACCUGACUAAUACGUCCAGGAUAACAGAGACAGUGACAACCUCAGAGCCAGCGUCACAGUAAGGGCCCGUUCGGUUAAGCUGAAAUCUGGCCAGGAAUAAUUCCAGUUGACAAAACCUAUUCAAAUUAGAAUAAGAAUUCCGCCUGAAAUAUUUUCAGGAAACCAAUCCCCUUCAAACGAACGGGCCCUAAGUGCGCCCAAGUGGGUUGUUAAAUUGGAGGCUGGGCCCAGUCCCAAAUACGUGGGGGUCAUUUCAAAUCAUAUACCUCAGACCAUAUUGAACAACUUCAUUAUGUUGAGAAAAUUUACAAAUGGCACUAUAUUCAUGUAUUUUUUUUUCAAAGAAAGGACAGGGGACGACGAGCGCCGCCUAUGGUUAUCCCUGCGGCUGCCACUGCUAGCACAAGGCAGGUGUUGCCAUGCAUGCAUGGCUGUCUCCUCUCGGCUCUCGCAGUUUGAUGUUCUUAAAUUGAACUACUGUAUAAAUUACUAUGUGUGCGUGGUUAUUUUGCUCUACUUAGCUUGUAAUUUUGUUUGUGCUACACCAAAAUUCUAGUUCCUUAAUUUGUUGCCAUUUCAUGUA